ACAAAGCUCUAAGCAUGAGAGCCUAGACACAUUUCUCAAGUGUGCUUGUGCCUUCCUGCUGUCCCUGGAUCCAUUCCAUUUCACCCCUCUAAUAAUUGUAUUGCAUAACACACUCCUGUCAAGUAUUUAUAAUGAGGGAUCUGCUUACAACCAGGAACCAAAAUUGCUGGAAAGAACUGAUAGAGAAAGAACAGUUCACAAGAUUAUCUUGGAAGCAGAAGUAUACUACAGAACACCCAUUAAACCCACCACAGACCAUAAGGAAAAGAAGAGAACUGUUCAUACCACGAGCAGAGACCAUUCUCCCACCUUUGGUUAAUGUACCAAAAAAGGCUGAGCAGAAGAUGCCAGACGAGGAAUCUCAUGCACAUCCAGGCAAGGAGACUCUGGUGGAGAUGAGACCAGCUACACCUCAUGCAUCUCAUGCCCUUUACGAUGGCUUCUCUAAGGAGGGGAAAGGCAGAUACAUGUAUCUGAGGAUGAGGAAACAGCUUGGCCCAGAGGAGAAAUAUCCACAUCCUAUAUUGUCCUCCUGGGAUUAUGGCUGGAGGUUAGGGGAAGUGGUUAAAGAAUUCAAGUUUCCAAUACACGGAAGAUCCAAGAUAGUGAGAGAUACAUUCUACAGCAGGAAUGGAAUAUACUGCCAGCCGUCGCACACCGACAAGAUGCUCUGAGCCUUGCUAAAACAAUGCAAUUUUGGCACAAUAUUUUCUUGAUGAUGGUUUUAGAAAAAAAAAAAAUGACAUCAUGAAUCCAUAUUAGUUACAAUAUCAAUGUGUAAGAUUAUAGUAUGAGACAAUUAAACAUUUCUGUAUAUGCUAAUUUAAUAUUUAUACAAUUACCCACUAUACUUACCUAAUGUCAGAGUGUUAGAUUCUGUGCCACAUGAAUAACAUUUAAUCAAAAACUGUCCUUAAAGGGAUAUUAACCCACAUAGUUUCUUCUCAAUUUUAAGCAACUUUCUAAUUUACUUCUAUUAUCAAUUUUUCUUCGUUCUCUUGGUUAGCGCAUGCUGAUUGGUGGUUACCUUCGCUACAUCAAUCAGCAAGCGCUACCCAGGUUCUGAACCAAAAAUGGGCCAGCUCCUAAACUUAAAUUCCUGCUUUUCAAAUAAAGAUACCAAGAGAACUAAGUAAAAUUGAUAAUAGGAGUAAAUUAGAAAGUUGCUUAAAAUGGCAUGCUGUAUCUGACUCAUGAAAGAAAAAAAUUGGGUUUAAUAUCCCUUUAACGUUGAAGGACACCUGUAAAUUAGUAGUUGAAAACUGUAUUACACCUUCGAAUAUACAUUCAUAUUAUUACACCUUCGAAUAUACAUUCAGCUAUAGUCUAACAUAAAAUAUUACACUGAAAAAGAUUAAUAUAGAAGACUAGCAUUUUAAACAUGAGGAAUCUGUAUUUGUUUAAAAAAUGUGAAGGAACAGCUGUAGAAGAUGAAAUUGAAACGAAUACUGCAGUAUCAAUAGUGUUCUUCCUACAAAUGCUUCUUGCAACUAUUAGCCAAUGAGAAUGAUUAGAAAGUGCCUACCAGCCAAUGAACAUGUGUAGAAAGUAUACAACCGAUGCUGAAUCAGUUUCAUUUUAAAUUAACACACCUUUUACUUUAUGUUUUUUUCUGGCAAAAUAUACUCUGAAAGAAUACUUAUGCAUUAAGUUUACCAAUUUUGCUAUAUUCUCUGCGUUCAUUUGAAAAUGCAAAACGAGUGUCCCUGUUAAAUGAAUAAAUUAACAAACACAUGACACAAAAAUGUAGCUGAUAUCUUAAUGCGAUUAAAAUCGUUGCUCUAAAAACGUUUUUACGGCAACAAA